AUGCAAGGCUUUGAGUUGACCAAGCAGCACGGUCAGCACUUACUGGCUAAUCCGUUGGUCAUAAAGUCCAUUGUGGAGAAAGCAGAGAUUCGAAGCACUGACACUGUUCUUGAGAUAGGCCCAGGAACAGGAAACCUCACUCUGGCCCUUCUUGAGAAGGCAAGGCACGUAAUAGCCAUUGAGAUAGACCCACGGAUGGUCUCAGAACUCAAGAAGCGGAUCGCAGCUAUCCCGGAAUAUCGUGGAAAAUUCACUAUCAUACACAAGGACUUCACUAAGAUGCCGCCGAGUGAGAUUCCCCCUUUUGACUUGUGCGUUAGUAACUGCCCGUACAACAUCUCGUCAGGAAUAGUGUUUCGAUUACUCGAGAUCCAACCCCUCCCUCGAAAGUUCGUCCUGAUGUUUCAGCUCGAGUUUGCGCAGCGCCUUGCUGCUGAGCCUGGUCAGGAUCAGUACAGCAGAUUGACAGUUAACACUAAGUUACUCUCUAAGACUAAAAUUAUAAUACGGGUGAGUAGGAAUAGCUUUAAGCCACCGCCAAAUGUUGACUCAGCUGUUGUAGAGAUGUAUCCUGUUGGCCCUCCGCCUGGGCUGGACCUAGAUGAGUUUAAUGGGUUAACCCGGAUUUUGUUUUCAAAGAAGAACAAAACGCUCGGGGCCAUAUUUAAGACUAAGAGCCUCCUAGAUGAUCUUGCAAAUAAUAUAGCGCGAUUGGAUGAGAUCAGCCGGCUCCAUAAGCCUGCUCAGCACGAGGGCUCUAACCCUAGCCAUUCAGCUUCCUCAAUUGGAGCUAAGCCCUCAGUAUUGACCGGCGUACAGCUUCGUGAACGAAUAGCAGAGGCCCUUGCAGAGGCCAAUCUUACAGAUACCCGGCCAAAUCACAUGGCAAUCCCCGAUCUGUUGAGCCUCAUGUGUGCACUCGCUGCCAAGGGGGUUCGAUUUACAAACUGA